ACGUGGCCCGCCCGGUACGCCGGGUUCCGGAGCCGAGGGCUUGCUCCGGGACGGUGUACUUUAGAGCCCGCGGUGAGAUGUGUGCUUCCCGUGUGCCGCUUUUCAGACAUGGAUGUGGAGUGGAGAGGCGUUUUGUAGCCGUUAAAACAAUUAACACUAGGGUGUACUUUACGGUCCCUACUCCUCCUCCGUGAUUAGCGUCCGUUCCACUCUACCAACACCUUGUAAAGGAGGCUCCAGGACGUGUCCCGCUUCAGUGAUUGUAGCUCAGGCUAGCUGCCCUGUGGCAUGUGGAAUCUUACGGGACCUGGGAUCGAACCCAUGUCCCCUGCACUCUUAAGGUGGACUCCCAACCACUGGACCACCAGGGAAGUCCCAGCUAAAGCUUUUUAACCAGUAAUUUCAUUCUGUUAGUAGGACAUCCUUAUCUUCAUAUAUUAGGCUUCUUCCAACAAUCCUUGGAGGGGGAAUCUCAAGUCCUGGAUUCUGCUCUGAAAUUCAGGAAUUAAGUAAAAUCCAGUCAGAUGCAUCUAUAUGCCAGUCCCACAGAAAGGUUGCUUUUCAUAUAUGCAUCCCUUUGCUCUUGUUUUCAUAGGAAGGAGAAAAAUGUCUCAAAAGCAGAUGAAGGAAGCUUUUGUCAGUAACCAGAAUGGAACAAGCGUGCUGGAAAUCACCGAGGGCUUGUGCCUGCCUGCACUCUGUAUCCUGUGUAGAGGCCUCCUGAUCAUUCUCUCACAGCACUUCUGUUCUUCUUCACAUAACUCGAGGACUCGAUUCUUGGUUGACUUUGCUUUCCUGAUAGUUCCCCUGGUCACCACUUUGACCAUUUUCUCUUCAUUUGUCCUCCUCCAGUAUCCUGUUGCAAUUAUCCUUGGGGCAGGACUGCUCUAUGGAAUAUACUGCAGAAGAACUUGCUAUGUCAGAAUGCCUUUCCACAAAAUCUGUGAAAAAUUCUUGAAAGUCAGUCUAGAAUCAGAACACAUUCCAGCCAUCUCCUGUUUCCGUGUCGUUAACAGUGCCUUUACUGCUGUUGCCAUUUUGGCUGUGGACUUCCCACUGUUUCCCAGAAGAUAUGCCAAAACCGAGCUCUACGGGACAGGAGCAAUGGAUUAUGGAGUAGGGGGCUUUAUUUUUGGGUCUGCAAUGGUUUCUCCAGAGGUUAGGAGAAAAUAUACAAAAGGCUCCAGACUUUGUUAUCUUACAAAGUCACUGUACUCUGUUUGGCCAUUAGUUUUCCUAGGAAUGGGGCGAUUAGUUGCUAUAAAAUCCAUAGACUAUCAGGAACAUUUAACUGAGUAUGGUGUUCACUGGAACUUUUUCUUUACCUUAAUAGUUGUGAAACUGAUAACAUCACUGCUUUUGAUUAUGUUUCCCCUAAAUAAAUCCUGGAUUGUGGCCAUCAGCAUUACUGCAUUAUACCAGCUAGCCCUUGAUUUUACCCCCCUGAAAAGUAUAAUUUUGUAUGGAACUGAUGGCAGUGGCACAAGGGUUGGUUUAUUAAAUGCCAACCGAGAAGGAAUCAUCUCUACCUUGGGGUAUGUGUCAAUACAUAUGGCUGGUGUUCAAACAGGGUUAUAUGUACUUAAGAGAAGGUCACAGAUCAAAGACUGGAUAAAAGUAGCAUACUGUAUUCUAUUGACAGCUAUUGGCCUCUUCAUUUCUCUUUACAUAGUUCAGGUAAAUGUAGAAGUAGCAUCUCGAAGAAUGGCCAAUUUAGCUUUUUGUAUUUGGAUAGUUGCUUCUUGCCUGAUCCUUCUUAGUAGUUUAUUACUGGGUGAUAUAAUUUUGAGUUUUGCCAAAUUUGUAAUUAAAGAGGCAGCAGUACCAUGUUCUUGGAAACUUAUCCAGUCACCCACUGCAAAUAAAAAGCAUCUGGAAUCCAUAGUCUCCGAAGCCAAAAGAAAGGAACCUACUCUCUGUUUAAUCACAGCAAUGAACAGAAACCAGUUACUUUUUUUUUUGCUGUCAAAUGUAACAACUGGUCUAGUCAACCUUUCCCUAGAUACAUUACACAGCAGUACCCCAUGGGCCUUUUGCCUGCUCAAUCUCUACAUGUUUACCAACUGCUUAAUUAUAUAUGUGCUACACUUGCAAGAUAAAACAAUAAAAUUUUGGUGAUCAAUAGGGGUAGUAUAUGUUUUGAGCAAUUUUAUGUUAAUGAGGAAGAAUAAAUAUAAAAUGUGAAGAAAAUGGGCUUCUGUCAAUCCAGGGUUUCUGGGAGAAGGCGAGGGUGGGAUGUUUCAGGAGAACAGCAUCGAAACAUGUAUAUUAUCUAGGGUGAAACAGAU